ACGUAUGACUGAUUAAACGGUUUAGAAGACAGCGGUACUGGUGCCAUAUUUCAUUAAAGCGGGAUGGAGUUAGGGAGCGCCAAAAUAAAUAUCUUAUAAUAAAGACCUUUAUCGCUUCGUGACAACGUAACCAUUUGUUUUUAAGCAAUAUAUUGAUGAUAAUCUAAAUGUUUGUACAUAUUAGAUUGAGUGUAUAUUGCUUCGUGGUAAUAUGAAUUAGUUUAACAUUUUGUAUUGUAUCUGUAUUUUCAGCUUUGGAAAAUGAAACGCUGCGUUUUCGUUUUUUCUCUCGCUUACAUGGAGGGAUUUCCCGGUUUAACCCAGAGCCGUGUGACUCGGUCGCUCUGCUCACUAAAUCGCAGUGAAUUAGUUGUUCUAAUCGCAGCCUUUCUUAGACCUGUAACAUAAAACGAACAGAGCUGGGUCUGUCCUGCUGUCCAUGCGUGCUCAUGAAGAGCUACACGCUGCGAGGGGACCUCCCAGAAUUCCUCUAAAUUCUGGCCUAGCCGCUGAAGUCUCGCAGAUAAGGUCAAAUCCAGUAAAGAUGAAGACUAGUAAAGGUGCCCCUGUGGACCGUGGCUGCGCUGUGGGGGUGAUCUUCUUCAUCCUUGGUAUGGGCACUCUGCUGCCGUGGAACUUCUUCUUGACGGCAACGCAGUACUUCACUGAUAAACUGAGUCCUGAAGUGGUUAAUGGCACAGUGGUUGGGAAGGAGUACUACUUCUCCAACUGGAUGACCCUCCUAUCCCAGCUGCCUCUGCUGCUCUUCACGCUGCUCAACUCCUUCCUGUACCAGCGGUUAUCAGAGAGGGUACGGGUAGCAGGCAGCUUGGUCUUCAUCCUGCUCCUCUUCAUCCUCACCGCUGCUCUCGUUAUGGUCCACAUGCAGAAGGACAGCUUUUUCUCCAUCACUAUGGCAACCAUCUGGUUCAUCAAUUCUUUCGGAGCCGUCCUGCAGGGCAGCCUGUUCGGCCUGGUAGGGCAGCUUCCCGGGAAGUACAGCGCCGUGUUCAUGAGCGGGCAGGGCUUGGCUGGCACCUUCGCCGCCGUCGCCAUCCUGAUCACCAUCGCCAGCGGGGUGAAUGCCAACAGGGCCGCCCUGGGCUACUUCAUCACGCCGUGUGUGGGCACGCUGAUCACGCUGCUCUGCUACAUGCUGCUGCCGCGGCUGGAGUUUGCCCAGUAUUACUUUGACAGAAGCAGGAAGCAGGAAGCGCAGACGGAGAUGGAGCUGCUGCAGGACGCGCCGUCAGUGACAGAGCAGGUGGAAAACUGCAAACUGAACGGACACAGCAACGGCUCAGCUGUGGAGGGGAACGGCACGGCGGUGAACUCCCAGCAGAACGGCGACGCUGAGAAGCCGCGACCCGCCCCCCUCGGGCCUGAGGCUGAGGAUGGGGAGGCCAAGUCCUCCAUCAUGCAGGUUUUCAGAAAGAUUUGGGUGAUGGCGUUCUGCGUGACGUUUGUCUUCACGGUCACCCUCUCGGUCUUCCCUGUGGUCACUGUGGCUGUGAGAACCAAACACCCUGGAGGAAAUUGGGAGCGCUACUUCAUCCCCAUCUGCUGCUUCCUGGCCUUCAACGUCAUGGACUGGUUCGGCCGGAGCAUCACGUCUCUCGUUCAGCGGCCAUGCAAGGAGAGCUGGCUGUUCCCCGCUCUGGUCGUGGCCCGCGUCGUCUUCAUCCCGCUGCUCAUGAUGUGCAAUGUGGACGACCGUCAGUACCCACCCGUGUGGUUCCCAGCCGACUGGAUGUUCACGCUCAUCAUGGUGUUCUUCUCGGCCAGCAGUGGCUACUUCGCCUGCCUCUCCAUGUCCUACGCGCCGCAGCUGGUGAAGCCCAAGGACUGCGAGAUGGUGGGAGCCCUCAUGACCUUCUUCCUGGCCCUGGGUCUGUCCCUGGGGGCUGCACUCUCCUUCCCCAUACGGUUGUUAGUAUAGCAGGACGACUGGGGAUCUGACCCCACGCCUGAGGAUGUCGCCAAACGACCAGGGAUUUACAUUUAGACGAGGACUCUGCCUAAAAUGGUGGAGUCGUAUCUGCAGUAGUGACACGAUGGUCCUUAGUGGAGGGGGGGGGGGGACCACCCACAAUAACCAAUCAGAGACUUGGGAAGGACAGCAUCAGGUAUCAUUUUUACUGUAGAUUAGGUAACUUGCUCAUCUUGCCACUUUUUGUUUUGUUACCCACAGGAAGCCCUUAGCGAUAGAUUUUUUUAUUUGCACUUUUUAAUAUUUAUUUUUGGAAUAUGAGGGAUUAAGCUUUUGUUUUAAUAGAAAUGUUAUUUUAGCUUUACUUACUUACAGUGUAGCGUAAUUUAAAUAAAUGCAUGCUACCUGUGUAUUUUACGCUAUGCUGGAAGACUUAUGGUUUUGUCCCAGUUGGGUUGGAUUUCAUAGCGUAAGGUGGGGUUCCCCAGUUCUGGGGGGGGGAAGCCUGCCAUACAGGGAAAGGGUUAGUUGGGCUGUUGCCGUGGAGUUGUGAUGAGCCACUGAAUGGAUGAAUUGUUACUGCGACUCUGCUGGCACUGAUGGACCUGAGGCUCACAUAGUGACGGCACUCAGGGGGGGUUUACUGACCACCUAGUGGGGCUGCCUGAUUUUGUGUGUAUGUCUAACUCCAUUUUUCUUAUCUUGUGAGACAAGCAGGAGCUCUUAUCUGGCUUCAACAUGCAUUUCCUUUGAACCUUCCACCUGGGACUUUAAUAUUUACAUGCGUUUAUCUGUAUAGCGACUGAUGUCACUGCACACAGAAUAUUUGCACUUAACUGCAUAUUUCAAACAAACUCUGAAGCCUGUGCCACAACAUUUCUUCUUUAUCACUGCUCUGAUUAUUUCAUAACUGGAAGCCGUUGCCAUGGAAAUCAUUAAGCAGUUGCGUAGUGCAGUGAAGACAGCUCCAGCUUUCGCACCCGAACUCAGGCGCAGUUCGACCUGCAGCUGAGAGUGUGAAGGAAUACCUGCUAUGUCACAUGCAUGUGAAUUAUUUUUUUUUACUUGUGUAAAUGUUUCAUCAAGCCCAUGUGUGUCUGUUUCACAAUAAAGUUUGCUGGUUGCCUGACA